GGCCAUUAGUUUCCGGUGGCAGUGAGUGAACGCACGCGGAUAUUUAGAGCAGCUGAAAGCUAGCAAGUUUUAUUAAUUUUUAAGUGUUUAAUAGCGAAAUUGAAACGAACCAAGUGCACAAAAUGUCGAAUAACACAGCCCCGGACAGUUGGGAAUCUCAAGCUGACUCUACGUCGCCAAAUAAUUCUCCCAGUCACAAUGCAGAUGUGACAGCUAAAUUUUCCACGUUGAACGUGAAUGCUGUUGAAUUCGUGCCUUCAUUUGCAAAGCCUGCAGUCAACGCUGAUGAGAGCUCCCCGACGAAGUCGCCGACGUCCGAGGCCUCCCCUGAACACGCUCCCAUCCUCAACGGAACGAACGCGGAAUCGGCAGAGCGAGUGGAAGUAAAGGAGCCCCCUCCCAUCCCGCCUGCAGACGGCGACGCAUCCCCCGGCGAUGGGGGCACCUGGGAAGACGUCGUUGUCGAAGACAACGACCCUCUCAUCACUCCCGAGGCCGACGACGACGAACCCUCUUCUGAAGAAGCCCCCAUUAAAAUCCCCAAGAAGAAGACAGUCAAAGAAGAAGUGCUCAAAGACAAGAAGGAACACGUUAACGUGGUUUUCAUCGGACAUGUGGAUGCGGGAAAGUCAACAAUCGGGGGGCAAAUUAUGGCAUUAACGGGGAUGGUGGAUAAGAGAACGCUUGAAAAGUACGAAAGAGAAGCGAGAGAGAAGAGUCGGGAGUCGUGGUACCUCUCAUGGGCCCUUGACACGAACCAAGAAGAAAGGGACAAAGGAAAGACUGUGGAAGUUGGCCGGGCAUUUUUCGAAACUGAGAAGAAACAUUUCACAAUUUUGGAUGCGCCAGGUCAUAAGAGUUUUGUUCCAAAUAUGAUUGGUGGCGCUGCUCAGGCCGAUUUGGCCGUUUUGGUGAUUUCGGCGAGGAAAGGGGAAUUUGAGACGGGAUUCGAUAGAGGUGGUCAAACGAGAGAACAUGCAAUGUUGGCCAAAACGGCCGGUGUCAAAUAUUUGGUUGUACUUGUCAAUAAAAUGGACGAUCCUACCGUUAACUGGGAUGAAGCUAGAUACAACGAAUGCAGAGAUAAAAUUUUACCCUAUCUCAAAAAACUUGGUUUUAAUUUUAACAAGGAUUUGUUCUUUUUGCCGUGUUCGGGACAGACAGGACAAGGGCUGAAGGAUCAAGUGGAUGAGUCAAUCUGUCCGUGGUAUAGAGGGCCCGCUUUCAUUCCCUUCAUCGACGAUCUGCCAUCUCUGAAUCGAAAAAUCGACGGCCCUUUCAUAAUGCCAAUAGUAGACAAAUACAAAGACAUGGGAACAGUUCUUAUGGGUAAAGUGGAAUCUGGUGAAUGUCGAAAAGGACAAAGUCUCGUCAUUAUGCCAAACAGGACUCCCGUCACUGUCGAUAUGCUGCUCUCUGACGACGACGAAGUCAAUCGCAUCGUGCCCGGCGAAAACGUCAAAGUCAAAGUAAAAGGUGUCGAAGAAGAAGACGUCAGUCCCGGUUUCGUGCUCUGCGACGCCGUCAAUCCGAUCCACACCGGUAGAGUAUUCGAUGCCCAACUUGUUAUUCUGGAACACAAAUCGAUCAUUUGUGCCGGCUAUAGUGCCGUUAUGCACAUCCAUUGCGCCGCCGAAGAAGUCACCGUCAAGGCCUUAAUUUGUCUCGUUGACAAAAAGACUGGUGAAAAGAGUAAAACGCGGCCGAGGUUCGUCAAGCAAGACCAGGUAGCCAUAAUGCGAAUAGAAUGCGCAGGCGUGAUCUGUUUGGAGCCCUUCAAGUUGUUCCCUCAAAUGGGUCGUUUUACGCUCAGAGAUGAAAAUAAAACAAUUGCCAUCGGAAAGGUACUGAAAUUAAUCGAGUAAAUCGUCGCUAGAUUAGAUUGUAAACUUGACAUUUUAUCCAACUCGCAAUCGACUGGUGGACAUUUUUCCGAGGUGACCACCACACAAUGUUCAUUUUGUAUUGUGGGUGUCCACGAAGAGACUCUAGAUCGGUGCUACAAACAGUAGCGUGUGAAAUAAUGAUGAAUUUUUUAAUUAAUGUUUUUUUUUUUUGUAAUUAUAUUUAGUCUGGUGUAAUGGUAUAAUUUUCCUCUAGAUAUGUUUUGUACAUUUCUAAUUUUAAUUUAUUGAAUUAAGGGGUGUAUUACUUUAUUUUAGCAAUCGAAAUUGUGUGGUGUACAUCAUUGUUAUUAAAAGAGUUCUUUUGAAUCGAUGUACUCCUUUGUUCGACAGCCUGGUGCUUUUUGAGACGAGAUGAAGGUAUUUCGACGAGAUUUCUUCACGGCCUAUUUACCACCUGAAAGUUGACUGACACGGGAAAAAUACAUUGUAUGAAGCUGUAAAUACCUUCAAGCUCCCGGUUUUAUUUACAACACGCCUUUUCAAAGAGUUCAGCUCUAGCUUUGACAGUUCCAUUGUAAAUAAAGAGUUUAUAAGGUCACCAUGUGGCCAAACUUAAUAAAUUUAUGCUUAUGUUGUACUUUUCUGCAAAUUCUUUCUGUUAAUUAAGUUGUGUUUUACUCAUUAUUGAUAAUUAUAUAAGUAACCAAGAAAUGUUGCUAUCAAUUUUAUAUAUUCAAUAAAAUGUAAAUUGGA